AUGGAUCCAGCCUCGGCCCAGGUCACCCUAAUAUCCGAUGGGCCACCAAAACUGUUUACAUUCGAUGGUGCUUAUUAUAUGGAUGCUACCGGAGAGCAGAUUUACAACGAUAUCGUCUACCCUUUGGUUGAGAAUGUCAUAACAGGAUACAAUGGUACCGUAUUUGCGUAUGGUCAAACAGGAUCAGGGAAAACAUUUUCUAUGCAAGGUAUCUCGAACAUUCCUGCUCAGCGAGGAAUCAUCCCACGAGCAUUCGAGCACAUCUUCCUGGCUACCGCUACCACUGAAAACAUGAAGUUUCUCAUCCACUGCAGUUACCUUGAGAUUUACAAUGAAGAAGUGCGCGACCUCCUUGGAGUGGACAAAAAUCAAAAAUUGGAGAUAAAAGAACAUGCAGAGAGGGGAGUGUACGUAGCAGGUUUAUCAAUGCAUGUGUGUCACGACGUGAAGACGUGCCAUGAACUCAUGGACAAGGGAUUCAAUAAUCGUCAUGUAGGAGCGACACUGAUGAACAAGGACUCUUCUCGUAGCCAUUCGAUUUUCACCGUCUACGUUGAAGGAAUGAUGGAAAAUGGCUCGAUCCGGACAGGAAAACUCAACCUUGUCGAUCUAGCCGGCAGUGAACGACAGUCAAAAACCGGUGCAACCGGCGAUCGCUUCAAGGAGGCGACCAAAAUCAACCUCUCCUUGUCCGCACUAGGCAACGUCAUUUCUGCUCUAGUGGACGGAAAAUCAAAGCAUAUUCCUUACCGUGACUCGAAACUUACAAGGCUACUGCAGGAUUCUCUCGGAGGUAAUACGAAAACGAUUAUGAUUGCAUGCAUUUCGCCGUCUGACAACAACUACGACGAGACACUAUCAACUCUGAGGUAUGCGAAUCGUGCAAAAAACAUCAAAAACAAGCCGAAAAUCAAUGAGGAUCCGAAGGACGCUUUGCUCAGAGAGUACCAGGAAGAGAUUGAACGGCUCAAAGCGAUGCUUGCUCCUGGAGCAAAUGGUAAGGUUUUUGGAUGCGCUGAGUUUCUAUUGCCGAAAUCGUCAUGUACUCAUGCGAACUCCGAUCUAGACACGAUGGAAGGUUUGGAUCCGAACGAGGCGGCUCGAAAGCUAGAACAACUUCAGCAGCAGUUUGUUGGAGGAGAAAUGGCCGAUAACGAACAACUGAAGCAGAAAAGGACGAAGAAGCUGAAAGAGGCUGAAACGAAAAUGCAACGACUCGCUGCCGCCCUCAAUGUGCACAAGGACGACCCGCUUCUACAGGUGUACAGUUCUACGCAGGAAAAGUUGGAUGCCGUAACAGCAGAACUUCAACGAGAAAAGAAUCGUUCAAAAGCUCUGGAAAGCGAAAUUGAAGACCUCCAAGGAGAGUUCGAAUUAGACCGACUCGACUAUCUAGAGACUAUUCGGAAGCAAGACCAACAGCUAAAGUUGUUGACACAGAUUUUGGAAAAAGUGCAGCCAACUUUAAGAAAGGAAUCAAAUUACUAUAAUCUCGAAAAAGUCAAGAAGGACGCCGUCUGGAAUGAAGACGAGGGUCGAUGGAUUCUACCGGAGAUUAGUAUGACCAGAACGGUACUGCCUACAGCAAAUAAUGGUAUGUACUACAGAGUAUGGAACUCCAAUAGCCUUAACUUUAUAUCGUUUCUUGACCCGUUCUUUCAGAAACUUGCCAAAAGUGAGGAGGAGAACAUAGCUAACAACUAUUUCAAACCUAUUCGACAGAGUAACGUGCUGAACAAGUACCGAGGUGAUCAUGCGAGAAGUUUGGAUGUGAAGUCAUACUUUCCUAACAAAGCGACUACAUUUGACAAUUUGCUCAGUGGUGUCGUUUAUUCCGACGAUAUAUAUGGCCGCUCACAGAGUGCCAGGAAACCGGCUAGACUGGAGUCCCUUUCGUUGAAGAAGUAA